CGUUGUUGUUUACUUUUGUUCUCCUUUUGUUCUCUCCUUCCUUUCUUUCUAUCAUCACUCAUUCAUUAUAUAUUUAUAUAUCUUCAUACUUUUACUUCUCCUUGAAUUUGUUAGAAAAAAAAAUUAAGGUGAAAACGUUCUCUCCUUCCCUCUCUUUCUCUCUCUCUUUUUCUCCGUUUUCCAUCUUUUUUUUUUAUACUUUUCUUCCCUCUCUUUACUUUUACUCUUUCUUUCUUUCUUUCUUGUUACAAUUCUUGUCUAUUUUGGAUGGCUUUGAAGCUUGAACUUGAACAAUGGCAAAAUGCUUGUUCAGCGUUUGAUAGUAAAGAUUAUGACUCAGCCUUGAAAACCUUUAUUAAUAUGGCGGAUAAUGCGAAAAUGCAUUUUAAUAUUGGAUUGAUCUUUGCAGCAGUGGAAGAUCAUGAGCGUGCGUUGGCUGCUUACUCUAGAUCAAUUACUAUGGAUCCUUAUUUUGCUGUAGCUUAUUUUCAAAAAGGUGUAUCUCAAUUUUGUUUGGGAAAUAUGCAAGAAGCCAUGCAAGAAUUCGAUAAUGCUCAUGUGAAAUUACGUGGUAAUCAAAUUAUCAAUUAUCAACAACUUGGUCUAGCAUUUCGACUCUAUGCAUGCGAAGUAUUAUUCAAUCGAGGCAUCUGUCGACUUUAUUUGGGGAAAAUUGAUGCUGGACUGACAGAUUUAUAUCAUGCUCAAAAAUCCAAGAUGACCGAAGAACACGACGUGAUCGAUCAAGCUGUACGUGAACGAGGUAAAGGUUAUUCAGUCUUUUCUAUUCCAGUCGGUGUAUUAUAUCGUCCUCCUGAAAGUAGAUUACGACAAAUGCGUGGUAAUGUGGAUAUGUUCGAUGUGGUAGAUAAACUUGGAUUAAAUAAAUUUCAGAAACCAAUCAUGGCUGGUCAACCUACUCCUUCUUCUGGUAUUAGUCGAAACAAUUCUGUCUUAUUAUCAAAACGUCCAAGAAAGGAUUCUAAUCCAGGUCCUUAUAUGCAAUCAUAUUCAUCACAAGAAGAUUGGCCUGAUACCUCCUCACAACCUUCAUCUUCCACCUCAUCCUUCACAUCAAGUUUACGUUAUCGUGCCGAUGGUCGUCGUGUGGAUAGUGGAUUUGAAUCAUCUCAUGAAGAUCGAUUUUCAUUCUCAUCAAGAAACUCUGCCAAAAGUCACAAGACCAAUCAAGAUGAACGAGAUCGGAUUCGUGGACGACUCAAUGGAAUGACAGAUGAAGAAGGAGAAAGACGUGGUAGUGAACAAAGUGGAAAAAGUAUAUCAGUACGACCUACACCAUCCACAUCGACUCAUUCUCGCAAUGAUAAUCAAGGUAGCAAAAUCAAAAUCAAGGUCCAUCAUAUCGAUACACGUGUUUUAUUAGUCUCUUCCACUAUCACCUUUGACGAUUUAAUUGCAAGAGUACGCGACAAAUUGAAUGCUCCUGCUCAUACUCGACUUCAAUACAAGGAUGAAGACAAUGAAAUGGUGUUGAUGAUUGAUGAUGAUGAUUUACAAAUGGCUCGACAAAUCCACAAAGUGCGGAAUAACAAUGAUCUUGGCGUGGAAAAAAUGGAAAUUUGGUGUAUCACUUGA